AUGGACGAGAAUGUGGCGGCGCGUCCGCAGGCGCGAGAUGCCGAUGGGAACGCCUUGAUGUCGCUCGAGGAGCUGAAGGAGGGGAUGUUCCAGUCCAUUCGUGACAACGGCACGGUGGAGCUUAUUCGGGCGCAACUACGUCGACGAUUCAUCGAGAAGUUGCAGCAGCAGCGUCGGCUCCGAGAUGACCAAGAUGGCGAGAAUAAUGCUAGUCGAGCGAAUCGAUCCACUCAAAGCUUAACACCAGAUGAGAAGCUUGUUCAUGGGCUGGUGGCCGAGUAUCUGGCGAGUAAGGGUCUGGAGAACACGCUUGCCGUGUUCGUCCCGGAAAUUGGCGGAUCUCGGAAUCAAGUCGACAGUGCAACGAUACUGGAGGUGAGCUUUGACUAUUUUUUCGCACUGGUGUAA